AUGGAGAAAGAUGUAGGUGAAUUCCAUGAUUCUCCCCUAUGGCUUGAAGAGGCCAUGCCCAUUUCUUCUUCUGUCCCACAACUUCAGAAAAUCUCUGCAACUUCCCCUUCAUCAGCAUCAUCAAGAACAGCUACAAGAAGAAGAGCUUUAUCUGUUUUUGUACUCACCACAUCUUUCUCUGGCUUUACACAACAAUUGUCACUUGACAAUUCUUCAACUUCUUGGUCCAAGCCCACAGGGCAGAAUUUUGUAGAACUUCCCAAUUCAGGUGGGGUCAAGGCCUUGGACCUUCGCCUUGGUGAUGAAGCAAUUCCUGUUGAUGGUGAUAAGGUUCUUACCAACUUCAACGGCAUAGCUGUCUGGACUAUAUUGAGAUUUGAUUUAAAGGCUUAA